AGCAGGAAAGGCCGUGCACCCCGGGUGCAAAUGCUCCCAAAGCCGCACCCCCCCCCCCUUACCAAUCAUUAAUCACUGCCAGCCAGCAACAAGAGCAAGCGGCAAGCGAGCAGGGAAGGCCAAGUCUCUGCAGCCCCCACGGGAGCGGAGGGAAGCAGUGCUGGCCGGUCCCCCGUGGUGGCAGCUCGCUCCCUCUGACCGCUCUCCCCUGGGAGGCCCCGGUGAGGGUGGCCGGUCCUGCACCCUCUGCCCUUUCCUUCAGGAAGGUCACCGGGACCUGGGUGCAGGAGGCUCUGCCUGUGGCUGGGAGCUGCUGGGCUACGCGUGACGCGGGAACUCUGAAGAAGAGCUUCUGCCUGGUCAGCGCCGCAGCCUUCAUCCCCUCGCCAUGCGGCACAAGGCAUUUUGGAGAGCCCUGGAGUACACCUGCCGUUUUCUGGGCAUCUCCACCGCAGCAGUGCUGAUCGGUGUGGGUGUAGAAACACUGCAGCGAGGACAGUUCAAAAGCCUGGCUUUCUAUCUGCUUUUUUCAGGGGUUGCAGUUACUGUCUGUGAAGGCUUCUUCUUUAUCAGUUUGUUCCUGGAGAUGUGUUUCACAUAUGAGCCCGACUCCCUGGCACAGGCCUGCUGGAAGCGAGCUAAACGCCCAGGGAGCUUCCAGAAAUUCCUGGGGUACACGCUGCUCUCAGUGGCUUGCUUCCUGCAUCCCGUCCUCGUCUGGCAUGUCACCAUCCCUGGGUCCAUGCUGGUGCUCACCGCCCUGGCCUACUUCCUGCUGAGCAAGAGGAGGAAGAGCCCAGGGCACAAAGAGAUGCAUCCCCAGGCGAGCCAGUAUGUGGACCCUUCGGUCACCGUGGCAGCCCCAACCGUCGCUGGUGACACUGAGCAGACCUACACCUUCUGUGGGGCCCAGAGGGAGCAGCACCGCUCACUGCUGGGCCACAUGAAGAGCAUCCUGAAGGGCAGCAAGGACAGGAGCCUGGCCCCGGUAGCUCCUGCCCAGCCAGCAGCCCUGCCAGCCCCACGCAAGCAAGUGCACUUCCAGGAGAAGGUGGUGCAGAUCAUCCCCUCUGUCAGCGAGAGCUUAGAGGAUGUAGAGAGUGAGGCUGAAGAGACGACGUCAGACACAACACCCAUCCUUACCCCACCCGAUGCUCCGGUCAUCCUCACUCCUCUCAGCUCCACAGGUCUCUUCUGAGCCCUCAGCAGGAACGAGGACGGGGCAGACCUGCUUCCACUGGCGCUGGGGUCCCUCCCUGAUGCUCUAGCAGCUGAGGGGCCCCGAGAGGUGGCCCUCCUUGCCCUCCCUGCCUCCAGGGUGACAACUCUGUAACCUACCCCCGUUUCAAGGGGCUGCCAGCACUACAUGGUCCCACACCUUGUGACAGGGCCAGUGCUGCUCCCCAGCCCCUGCAGCGCCGUGCCCAGGUGACAAGUGGUGGUUCAGCCAGGGUAGCGCCAGGACAGUAAGGUUUCUGCUCCCAUGGCCUCAUGCAUGGGUCACCCCUCUGUUACGGCACUACAUGUCACGGCAGCUGCUCCUGCCUAGUAUCACAGCCAUGGCACGUGCCUCCCAUGAGGCAGCAGCAGGCAGGAGAGGAGACCGCCAUCCCCCAUGCUUUGAGCCCAGCAGGCAAACCACCUCCAGCCUCUGGGACACCUACACAGGAGCAGAGAGGACCCUGGGGCUUCCUGGUGUCCCCUGCCAAGACAGCUGUCUUGAGUUAGAAGGGCUUUGGGAUGAUGUAGCAGCUCAGGUUAUGAGGUGCAACACCGCUUUGGUGCAGCAGACCAUGUGUCACUCCCUAUGCGUGUUAAUCAUGGGCCCCAGAGGGAAAAGGCAAUAAUAAAGUUACAGUGCUGUCCCACCAGUCCCCUCCAUGCCAGCUCUUCCCUAAACAAUUCACCUCUGGCUUAAUCCAACCAUAUUUUCUACCCUUUGAGGACUCUUAACUCCUGUUCAACCCAUCCUCUUCACUCUCUCCCACCUGAAGACUAUGAUUUUCUGCUUCCAGAUGGAAAAUGCCAUCUGUGCCUGCAGAUACCAUCACGGAGACCCUCUCAUCAGCAUCAGGCAACUCUUUUGGCCGCACUUGGGACAGAGCUCCUGUGGCUGGGGUUGCUUGGAUGUGGGACAUGAGACCACACUGCUGCUGCUGCUGGGAGGAAGAGCUGUAAUUGCUCUGAGCCGAGACACAAAGCAUUGGGGUGAGGUGGUGGUAAGAAGAGAAGGUCGCUGAGAUGUGCUUAGACUAUUUGUAAGGUAACAGCCAGUGCGGCUGGCUGUUUUUCUUGAAAAUACAUUAUUUCUUCUUUUUGAAGCCUCAGCUCUCUGAGUUACAAUCACCAUGUUCAUUAGGAAAAGUGUAGUUUGAAGUGAAGUAUGAAAAUACAAAGUGUAAGUGUUCAAAAAUCAGAUGGCGAUUGAGAUAAGAACCCAGUGCUACUUUUUAAUAAACUCUUUUUAAGUGACUCCUAAUUUAGGAGACGGAUGGGGAAGAAGGUGGAAGAUAUUGACUCACAGUAUUUGACUGCCUUAAUAAUGAAACUGUCCACAAAAGCAACUUAUAAACAGUUGCACACACUACUCAUUCCUACAAACAGACACGAACAAAAAGCUUUUUCUUGCAUCACCAACAUUUAAAAUGAUAGCUGGUAUCAAUCUGUUCUAAACACGACACGUGGAUUAGAGACCUCCUUCUUCUGGCUGCACAAAUUAACCCUUCACCCCGUAAUUGCAUGCUGGGGAACAGUCACGUACACAUCUGCCUUUAGGGAGGUUUUGCACCUGCAAAAAUGUCUCCAGAAAAUUGUCCCUGUUUACAUCCUAAGGCUGCACGACUGCUAGCAGCAAACCCAGGAUCCAGCCACAGCUCCACCCUCAAGCUAGUGCAUUCAUCACAUUGAGAAAUAAAAAUAAAGCUAUUUUCCUCUAAAGCUGGUGACCAAACAGUAUACCUGCACCAACAAAGAUCCUGCCCCAGCCAUGCUAUCAGGGUACCCACCCUUGCCAACUCUGCCCCAGAAGGCUGUGCUUGGAGCUCGCUCCCUGACUUGAUCUCACAUUUGCUCUGCAAUUAGACCUGCUCUCAUCAGCAAGCUCAGCUUUCUGCAUCAUCCACGGCUCUUCUUUGAACAUUGCAUGACUAAUUACACACAGAGAGAUAAGGUUUGUUUAAAAGGUGCUGCUCCCAGUAGAUGAAGAGAUCUGCUGACAAGAGAAAGUCUACCCUUCUGCAGCCUCCUCUCUAGCCCUGAGCAAAGCUCCAGGGCAGCCUGGGUGGGGACAGAUGCUCUGCAACAAAUUUCAUCCUUCAGCCCUUAUUCAGUCAGCCACACACUUCGUACUGGUGGGGCAGCAAGUCCAGCUGGCAAGAGGAGAAGCAAUGUGGUGAGAGCACCUGUGGCACCCUGUAGUGUGUGUGGAGCAAAUUUCAUUGCUCUGUGAAAUGCAUAAAACGAGCUUGUAAUCAUUACAGCAUGCAGAAUUAGGUAUUUCAGGU